GUCACCUCGAACGUGGCCCGGGCUGGCUGCAGCCUCCGCUCCUCUUUCUUCUUCGUAGGUUGCCUGCGGGAAACCGGUCGCGGAAUCUUUCCGCCUCACUCUAUUUUCCGCAGAGGCACGGAAGAGAACCCACCGCUGUUCUUGGGUGAAGGCGAGCUGCCCUUGCCCUCUUCUGUCCGAGAAUAUAUACAUUGAAGUUUGGGACAAGAUAUUUAUCCAACUUCUGUGUGAAAGUUAAAGACCUGCUAUGACCAUGAAGAAAGAAACUGAAUUUGUCAUUUUCGUCUAAAGAAAAAUGAUAGACAAAAAUCAAACCUGUGGUGCAGGACAGGAUUCUAUGCCCUACGUGACUUGUCUGAUUCACAUAUUUGAAGAAUGGUUUGGUGUGGAACAGUUGGAGGACUAUUUAAAUUUUGCAAACUAUCUCUUGUGGGUUUUUACACCACUAAUACUUCUAAUACUUCCUUACUUUACUAUCUUUCUUCUCUACCUUACUAUUAUUUUCUUACACAUUUAUAAGAGAAAGAAUGUAUUAAGAGAAGCCUACUCUCAUAAUUUAUGGGAUGGUGCAAGGAAAACAGUGGCAACUCUGUGGGAUGGACACGCAGCGGUUUGGCAUGGCUAUGAAGUUCAUGGAAUGGAAAAAAUACCAGAAGGACCAGCACUUAUAAUUUUUUAUCAUGGAGCUAUUCCCAUUGAUUUUUACUACUUCAUGGCUAAAAUUUUUAUCCACAAAGGCAGAACUUGCCGAGUAGUAGCUGAUCACUUUGUCUUUAAAAUUCCAGGGUUUAGUUUAUUACUUGAUGUGUUUUGUGCUCUUCAUGGACCAAGAGAAAAAUGUGUUGAAAUUCUGAGGAGUGGUCACUUGUUAGCUAUUUCACCAGGUGGAGUUCGAGAAGCCCUAAUUAGUGAUGAAACCUACAACAUCAUAUGGGGUAAUCGUAAAGGCUUCGCUCAGGUCGCAAUUGAUGCAAAAGUGCCCAUUAUUCCUAUGUUUACACAAAAUAUUCGAGAAGGAUUCAGAUCACUUGGAGGAACAAGGUUAUUUAGGUGGCUUUACGAAAAAUUUCGCUAUCCAUUCGCUCCAAUGUAUGGAGGUUUUCCAGUGAAGUUACGGACCUAUUUAGGUGAUCCCAUUCCGUACGAUCCAAAGAUAACAGCAGAAGAAUUAGCUGAAAAGACGAAGAAUGCUGUUCAAGCUUUGAUUGAUGAACACCAAAGAAUACCAGGAAACAUUAUUAGUGCUUUGUUAGAACGUUUUCAUAAAAAACAAAAGGACAAUUAGAAGAUGAUUUAAUAUAUUUAUAUUAAUAUGUUUGCAUCUAAGAUCCUGUCUUCUAAAUUUUGUAGGUCCUAUGCUUAGUAUUUUUUUUAAAUCAUGUUAAUAAGCCUCUUUUACGGAACUCAUUUAUUUAAAGUUGUAUUGUCAAUUUUGUUUUUGCAAUCAAUUGUGUCAAAUGGUAACUUGUUAUAUGCCUAAUCAUUUAGAAAAUGAUCAUAUUUUAUUUGUAAAUUCCUAAUAAUGUAUGAUAAGCAAAUAGUUAAGUUUAUUAAUAACAGCACUUUAGGUUAAACAGACAUUCCUAAAUAAUGCAUCUAAUUUCUGUAUCUAUUGCAGAGCUAAUUUAUGAAGAUGGCAUAAGCCAGGCUUUAGUAUAGUCACUUAAGUUAGAAGAAUCUGGUUUAUCUGUCUCUCAUUCCCGUCAUGAUCUUGGGCAAGUCACGUAAUGUUUUUGUGCCUGAAUAAUUCACUUUAAAAAAAACAUGAUAGUACCGUGCUAAGGAAUAUUACUUUAAGUUCUUUAUAUUUGCUGUGAUUGAUAACUGUUGAACAGAAAUUACAAAGGAAUUAAUUAAACUAUACUAGAUUUCUUUAGGAGUUGUGUAUAUAUUUUAUCCUUCAGAUGUUUAAAUUUUUCCUUCAGAUAUGAUGUCCAGCUGCCAAGCACGAUGAAAAAGAUGUACUGUUUUUCAAAUUCAAUUUUUAAAAAAUUAAGAAAAGUAAAAUUUCUAAUUAUUAUUUUUAGCUUUUAUUAUAUUUCUAACAAGGGCCUGAAAACAAACAAUAUAGGGUAUGCUGUGCAUUGUCAGCCCUAUGAUGUGGUAUUUUAUAGUGCUGGGUUAAAAAUCACUGUCCUUUUUGUUUUAUGUGUUAGAAGCUGAUUGUAGGCUGAGGACAGCAGAGCUCUCUGCUUUUACUCAAUAUCAUGGCUUAUUCAGUUUGACUUUGCAACCAGUGAAAUGGGUUUUUUUUUUUUUCAAUAAAAA